AUAUAUUAUAAUGCAUGUGUUGAAUUAUAUGUGUUAUUAAUUAUGUGAAUCUGUAAAGUAUCUAGUAACUGAAGCUGCAAAACAGUGUUUCCCAACCCCCUGAAUUAUUAAGUACUAAAAAACAUUACAAAAAGUUAAGUGCAAUUUCCUAAAAAAAAAAUUCUUUCAUGUUCAUGGACCAGCCUCUUUUAUUUUGAAGGCCGCAGCCGGACAUCCGUGUUUACUCUCUGCUGCCCUGCCGCACAACCUGUUUGUUGAUCGCUUAUGUGGCUUAUUAACACCCCGAGUUUAUUAUAAGCCGGGUAGAUUUCUCGAGGGGGGGUCGGGGGGGGGGUGGAUUCAAGUUCCUCGUCGCCGUGAAGAAGAGACCGCUUAGCGAGGAGCCCGACAAGCCGGCAACGAGUACGCGUUUACUCGGCGACUGAAAUUAAACUGAGAAUAGGCUUCUUCUUCUUCUUCUUUUUUUUUUCUCCCUUCUCUCAAAUGUAGCAUGUUAAGCUAGCUGCGUCGCGCGGACAGCGUACACACAGCCGCCCGUUUGUGUUCCGAGCGCGAGCGUGAAGUGUAGAUAGGUGGCUACCAAAAAAAAAAAUAUAUAUAUAUAAUAAUACUUUUAAAAAAACAAAAAAAACAGCGUGUCAACGUGUCAAGAAUAAUCGCCGGUUGGUCUAUCCCCGGUCCCCCUCCUCCCGGGUGCUAACACCCCCCCGCAACCACCCCGGUCGCCGACCGAAUUAAUGGCCGGAAAUCCGAGGAGGGGCGCCGGUCUCAUCGGCUUGAUGAAGGACGCCUUUCAGCCCCACCAGCAGCCUCUCCAGCCUCACCAACCUGCAGUGGUCGAUAAGAAAAUGGUGGAGAAAUGCUGGAAACUCAUGGAUAAGGUGGUGCGUUUGUGCCAGAACCCCAAGGUGGCGUUGAAGAACAGCCCGCCCUACAUCCUGGACCUGCUGCCGGACACCUACCAGCACCUACGCACGGUUCUGUCCCGAUACGAGGGCAAAAUCGAGAUUCUCGGGGAGAACGAGUAUUUCCGCGUGGUCAUGGAGAACUUGACCAACAAGACGAAGCAGACCAUGAGCCUUUUCAAGGAGGCCAAGGAGAGGAUGUUUGAGGAGAACUCCCAGCCCAGGCGAAACCUUACCAAGCUGUCUCUGAUCUUCAGUCACAUGCUUGCAGAGCUAAAAGCCAUCUUCCCCAAUGGCUUAUUUCAGGGAGACAACUUCAGGAUCACCAAAGCUGAUGCUGCUGAAUUUUGGAGACGGUCAUUUGGGGACAAGACCAUAGUGCCAUGGAGGACGUUUCGUCAGGCUCUCCACGAGUUUCACCCAAUCAGCUCGGGCUUGGAGGCCAUGGCUCUCAAGUCCACCAUCGACCUCACAUGCAACGACUACAUCUCAGUGUUUGAGUUCGACAUCUUCACCCGGCUCUUCCAGCCGUGGUCGUCUCUUUUAAGGAACUGGAACAGUCUGGCAGUCACGCACCCGGGUUACAUGGCCUUCCUGACCUACGACGAGGUCAAGGCUCGACUGCACAGGUUCAUCCACAAACCCGGCAGCUACAUCUUUAGGCUGAGCUGCACUCGGCUGGGCCAGUGGGCUAUCGGCUACGUGACAGCUGACGGCAACAUCCUGCAGACCAUCCCCCAUAACAAACCGCUCUUUCAAGCCCUCAUUGAUGGAUACAGAGAGGGAUUCUACCUGUUCCCAGAUGGUCGUGCACAGAACCCAGACCUAACGGGGCUGUGUGAACCUUCUCCACAGGACCACAUCAAAGUUACUCAGGAGCAGUACGAGCUGUACUGCGAGAUGGGCUCCACCUUCCAGCUCUGCAAGAUCUGCGCAGAGAACGAUAAGGAUGUGAAGAUCGAGCCCUGCAGGCACCUGAUGUGCACUUCCUGUCUGACGGCGUGGCAGGAGUCGGAGGGUCAAGGCUGCCCGUUUUGCCGCUGCGAGAUCAAAGGUACGGAGCCCAUCGUGGUGGACCCGUUCCACCCGAAGGCCAGCGGGGGGGCCUCCUUUGCCGGUUUUCAGGGUUCCAGCAGAGCAGAAGCUGCCGGCAAUGACGAGGAAGACGACGAUCGCCUGGAGGACCACCUCGUCAUGAGCAGGCUGGCCUGCACCAAGGUAGAGCGCCCACCCUCUCCAGUGUCUCAGCUGCCUCCGGUGCCCCCCAGACUGGACCUCCUGCAGCAGAGACCCUGCAGCUCCCACAGCGCACAGACUCAGGGAGCCACAUCCAAGAUGGCGGCCACUCACAGAGACAAGCCUCUACCUCUGCCUCCAGCCCUGAGAGAGCUGCCCCCUCCUCCCCCUCCGGAGCGCCCCUCCCUGGUCGGCCAGGACUCCCGGCUCCAGAGGAGGCCGCUGCCCUCCACCCCCGACCAGGCCGCCUGGGCCUCCAACUACAUGGUCCCGCGUCCAGCAACCAAGGCCCUGUCGGCGGCCUCGUCCUCCUCCGGCCCUCAGAACAACGGAACCAGUGGAGAGGGAAGCAAAGCCCAGGCGGCCACCAACGUCGUCUACUGCCUGACUGCGAGAUCUCUGCCGGCGUCGAGUGGGGAGAAGCCGUCGUCCGACUGUGAGGAGAAUGAGUACAUGAGUCCCACCUCUCUGCCAGCUGCUGGUGCACCCUGGGUCAUCACCGGCUCCUUGGUGCCCCCGGUGCAGGCGAACCACCACAGUGACUUCAGUGAGGCGGCCGACUGCGACCCCGAGGAGCCCAUAGUCUACGAGUCCAUGUGUAACAUCCAGGCCCAGGCUGGUUCCUCUGAGGCCUCUGAACCGGACCAACCGCAACAUUCAGCCGCGGUUCCCCAGGACAAUAAGAAGAAGGAGAAGGAGAAGGAGAAGGUGGAGGUGGAGGUGGUGGUGGUGGAGGAGGAGGAGGAGAAGGAGGAGAGCAUUGAGGAGGAUGUUUACGAGUACGACUGCCCCAGACCGGUCAUCCCUCCGGCCCCCGCCAGGAGAACCCUGUCGGAUAUGGGCGGCCCCUCGGCGGCCUUCAGCACUCUCAGCAUCGACAGUGCAGUAGAAGCCGGUAUGUUUACAGGUGCCGAACCCGAACGUCCCCCCAAACCUCUCCCGCGGCGAGCCAACUCCGACCGACGGCCUCGGCCGGCAAACCGGGAAUUACCCGCUCCGUUGCCGGACCUCCCCGGUCCCUCCUCGGCCUCCUCCUCCUCCUCCUCCCCCACUCCACCUGCUCCGGCUCCCGGGAGCCAGACCUUAAACGGGGAGAUCGAAUGCUUGAUGUCCCAGGGCUACUCCAUUCAGGACAUCCAGAAAGCCCUGCUGAUCGCCCAGAACAACCUGGAGACGGCCAAGAACAUCCUGCGGGAGUUUGUCUCCAUCGCCACAUAGUCGGCUGCAGGCCCCGCCCCCCCCCCCCCCCCCCCCCC